GAGCCGGGCGGGCCGAGAGGUGCCGAGGCAUCGCCGUGCGAGCGGCGCCCCGUGUGCCUCCUGCGCCCCCGGCCAGCACCCCCGGGCCGGGGCAUGGAGGCGGCGCACAGCAUCCCCGUGCUCGACGUGCUCCGCCGCUUCGGGGUCAGCGAGAGCUGCGGGCUCAGCCCCGAGCAGGUCCGCCGCAACCGGGAGAAGUACGGCCCCAAUGAGCUCCCUGCAGAAGAAGGAAAGUCCCUCUGGGAGUUGGUGCUGGAGCAGUUUGAGGAUCUCCUCGUCCGCAUCCUUUUGAUGGCAGCUUUGCUGUCCUUCAUCCUGGCCUGGUUUGAGGAAGGAGAGGAGACCACGACGGCGUUUGUGGAGCCCGUUGUCAUCAUCAUGAUCCUGAUUGCCAAUGCUGUGGUGGGCGUGUGGCAGGAGAGAAACGCUGAGAGUGCCAUCGAGGCCUUGAAGGAGUACGAGCCCGAAAUGGGGAAGGUGAUCCGCGCCGACCGCAGCGGGGUGCAGCGGAUCCGCGCCCGCGACAUCGUCCCUGGGGACAUCGUGGAGGUGGCAGUUGGUGACAAGGUGCCAGCGGACGUCCGGAUCAUCGAGAUCCGCUCCACCACGCUGCGGGUGGACCAGUCCAUCCUCACAGGGGAGUCCGUGUCAGUGAUCAAACACGCUGAUCCCAUCCCUGACCCCCGGGCUGUCAACCAGGACAAGAAGAACAUGCUUUUCUCCGGCACCAACAUUGCAGCUGGCAAGGCCGUAGGGAUCGUUAUUGCAACSGGGGUGUACACCGAGAUCGGCAAGAUCCGAAACCAGAUGGUGGAGACCGAGCCCGAGAAGACGCCGUUGCAGCAGAAGCUGGAUGAGUUCAGCCAGCAGCUSUCCAAAGUGAUCUUCCUGGUGUGCAUCGCCGUUUGGGUCAUCAACAUCAGCCACUUCAGCGACCCUGUGCACGGUGGCUCCUGGUUUCGGGGUGCCAUCUACUAUUUCAAGAUUUCGGUGGCGCUGGCAGUGGCCGCCAUCCCCGAGGGCCUCCCGGCCGUCAUCACCACCUGCCUGGCGCUGGGCACGCGCCGCAUGGCCAAGAAAAACGCCAUCGUGAGGAGCCUGCCCUCGGUGGAGACCCUGGGCUGCACCUCGGUCAUCUGCUCCGACAAGACGGGCACGCUGACCACCAACCAGAUGUCCGUGUGCCGGAUGUUCAUCAUGGAGAAGGUGGAGGGCACCCAGUGCAGCCUGCACGAGUUCAGCAUCACCGGCUCCACCUACGCCCCCGAGGGACAGAUCCUGAAGGACGAGCAGCCGGUGCAGUGCGGGCAGUACGACGGGCUGGUGGAGCUGGCCACCAUCUGCGCCCUCUGCAAUGACUCCUCACUGGACUACAACGAGUCCAAAAAAGUCUAUGAGAAGGUAGGGGAAGCCACUGAAACAGCCCUGACRUGCCUGGUGGAGAAGAUGAACGUCUUCAACACGGACCUCAGCAAACUCUCCAAGGUGGAGAGAGCCAAUGCCUGCAAUUCGGUGAUCAAGCAGCUGAUGAAGAAGGAGUGCACCCUGGAGUUCUCCCGGGACCGCAAGUCCAUGUCCGUGUACUGCACUACCACUGGGACAGGAAACAACUCUGCCAGCAGCAAGAUGUUUGUCAAGGGUGCCCCGGAAAGCGUCAUCGAGCGCUGCACCCACGUCCGUGUGGGCACUGCCAAGGUCCCGCUGACGGCCCCGGUGCGAGACAAGAUCCUGGGCAGGAUCCGGGACUGGGGCAUGGGCAUCGACACCCUGCGCUGCCUGGCCCUGGCCACCCACGACUCGCCUGUUUGCAGGGAGACCAUGCAGCUGCACGACUCUGCCGCCUUUGUCCGCUACGAGAACAACCUGACCUUCGUGGGCUGCGUGGGGAUGCUGGACCCUCCCCGCAAGGAGGUCACCUCCUCCAUCGAGAUGUGCCGCAAGGCCGGCAUCCGCGUCAUCAUGAUCACCGGCGACAACAAGGGCACAGCAGUGGCCAUCUGCCGCCGCAUCGGCAUCUUCUCAGAGAGCGAGGACGUGUCUGGCAAGGCCUACACGGGCCGGGAGUUCGACGAGCUGUCCCCCGAGGCGCAGCGCCAGGCGUGCCGCGAGGCUCGCUGCUUCGCCCGCGUGGAGCCGGCGCACAAGUCCCGCAUCGUCGAGUACCUCCAGUCCUUCAACGAGAUCACGGCCAUGACGGGUGACGGUGUCAACGAUGCCCCAGCCCUGAAGAAGGCAGAGAUCGGCAUCGCCAUGGGGUCGGGCACGGCUGUGGCCAAGUCGGCUGCUGAGAUGGUGCUCUCCGACGACAACUUCUCCACCAUCGUGUCGGCCGUCGAGGAGGGMAGAGCCAUCUACAACAACAUGAAGCAGUUCAUCCGCUAUCUCAUCUCCUCCAAYGUCGGGGAGGUCGUUUGUAUCUUCCUGACAGCCAUCCUGGGCUUGCCUGAGGCCCUCAUCCCUGUGCAGUUGCUGUGGGUGAACCUGGUGACGGACGGGUUGCCGGCCACUGCUCUGGGCUUCAACCCCCCCGACCUGGACAUCAUGGACAAGCAGCCCCGCAACCCCAAGGAGCCGCUCAUCAGUGGCUGGCUCUUCUUCCGCUACCUGGCUGUKGGAGUGUAUGUGGGCCUGGCUACAGUGGGCGCAGCGACCUGGUGGUUCCUGUACGACGCCGAGGGACCUCAGGUCUCCUUCCAUCAGCUGAGGAACUUCAUGAGGUGCACUGAGGACAAUCCCAUCUUCGAAGGAAUUGACUGUGAGAUCUUUGAGUCACGAUACCCAACGACGAUGGCUCUGUCCGUGCUGGUGACAAUCGAAAUGUGCAAUGCUCUGAACAGUGUCUCUGAGAACCAGUCGCUGCUGCGGAUGCCCCCCUGGCUCAACAUCUGGCUGCUGGGGGCCAUCAUCGUGUCCAUGGCUCUGCAUUUCCUCAUCCUCUACGUCAAGCCCAUGCCUCUCAUCUUCCAGGUGACCCCCCUGAGCUGGUCGCAGUGGGUGGUUGUGAUGAAGAUCUCCCUGCCCGUGAUCCUGCUGGAUGAAGGACUCAAGUACCUUUCCCGCAACCACCUGGAUGGCAUUCUCAGGACAGUAGGACCCAAGUGGAGUGGAGAGCACCAGUUGAAUACCUGCAAGACUCCAGAGCAAGGGAGAAGAGGACAAGAAAUGAACGMCACCAAGGUGACACUCCGAACUAGAGGAUCCCUAACUUGUAACUCGGACUGAAGUCUUGCAUGCGUGACCAUCACUAAAGCCAGCAGGACAUGCAUGUGUCCGACUACCAGACAAAUGCGGGUGAAUCGUCGAAAAGAAAAAAUACUGAUUUUGUUUUGUUCUGUAGCUUUCUUUUUCCUGUACAUACGAGUGCAAUUACUGGACAGCUGGCAUAGGGUUUGGGGAUGGAGCUGUGUGGAUCUGAGUUGCUGUAAUAUGGUUCCUUGGGAUUUGUUCCUGCCAAAUUUGAGACCUUCUUUCCAAUUUUCACCCUGACUGGGUGAGCUUGGGCAAGGUGUCCUUCACGGGAGAUUAACACGGGAAAUUGGGAUUUUAGGCUGCAUCCCCUAGUGGGAUGGGUUGCACAGGGUAGGAAGGGCUUGGCAGUGAGUGAGGGCAGGGAGAGAGCAGAGGAGGCCUUUUGUUGUAGCCUUGAUGCUGUCCACGGUGUUGGUGGGUGCAUUGCUGCUGCUGUGCUCUGCUCCAGGGGCUGCAGCAGCUGGGAAWAGCACCAGUGUGUCCAGCAGUGGUGUGGAUCUCACAGACAUGUGUUUAUACAUCAAGGUCGGGUACAUGUGGCAGAAGGGGAAGUUCUCCCUGUUUAUCACACUGUCCUGUUUGAUCCCUGUGUUAUGGAAAGCCCAGCACCUUCUCAGCUCACCCAGCACCAAAGCAUGAUGAAUUCUUGUCUGUUCUCCAUCUGGCAUCUUGCUAGAUCCCAUCUGCACUAUAUAAGCUGCAGUCCUUCUCAGUGUAGGGCCAGCCAUGUAAAGCAAAGCAAGGGGAUGCCCACCUUGCAUUCCUCAUGCCCACUCCCUCCUUGCUUUUUGCAGUGAAUUUUUAACUAUUUUCCUAUCAGGAGUAGAGCUCAAGUGUUUAGGAGCACGUCCAUGACUUCAUAUGCUCUGCUUUGGAAAACAUCGCUGUCUUGCACAGGGCAUCCUUGCCAAGGGAUAAGAUGGGAAUGAAUGUAAGCUUGUACAUAAUGUGGUCUUUCCCCAUGRGUGGUGUUUGUUGUGGCAUCCCUUUUUGUAAGGCUUUAUUUUGUCCUCUGGGGAUUUUUCUGCAGCAGGACUAAGACAGGCUGCAGUGAGAGUUUGUAGAUCAGGAGUAGAUUUUGGGAUCCAUUAAAUUGAUCUUUCUCCAUUGAGCUGCAUCAUCUGAGAAGCUGAUAAUAGGCGGUUUCUUCUCCAGCUCUCCAAAUCCUCCCUCCUGUUCU